UUGAAAAGGUUGCUCAACGUAUUAAACCAGUGAUCAGUGAUGUUCCUUUACCGUUUGAGGACUUAGAUAUUAACUUUGGUUUAGUAAUGUAUGAAACAACAUUAACAGAUGAUCAAAAAAAUGUUGAAAAUCCAGUAAACCUAACUGUGAACACGGUUAGAGAUUGAGCAAUCAUUACCUGGAUCAAGUAGAGUUACAUUGCAGUUAUAGUUUUAGAAACAUGGGUACUAUGAAUCGGUUGAAAGCUAAUACUACAAUAAGCUUAAACAUUAACCGUACUCUUCAAAACCUAAGCAUUUUAAUUGAGAAUCAGGGAAGGAUUAAUUUUGGAGACUUUAUUGAAGAUAGGAAGGGAAUUUUUGAUCAAGUGAUUCUCAGAAAUAAAAUAUUAAGCCCUUGGAAAAUGACUGCAUAUCCUUUGAAUUAUACAUCAUGGAUUUCUUCAAUCAAAUCAGUUGAAAACGUCAACAGUGUUAAAUUACCAGCAUUUUAUAAAAUACAGUUUACAUUACCAGUGUGUCAUUCUAUAAAACCAUCCAUUGACAAGCAAUAAUUUAUUCACAGUUCAUAACAUCAACUAGAUAGGGCCCAGCUAGGAUACCUACAUAAUUCAGAAAAUUAAAACAUCUUCCCAGACAAAAUAAAGUUUAGAGAAGUUUCAAAAACAUUUGAAAUAUAUAACGUGUAAUGUUCUAAUAAAAUUUCAACGUAGUGUUACUAAUAUCACUGGAAUGUUAUAAUAAUUUUUUGUCGUCCUUUUUUGUCCGCCUUUUAAAUGUUACAAUAAAGCUAUAUGUUUAAUAUAGAAUGGA